GGACGUUGACGACCAUAGUUUCUAUUAUACACCAGAAAAGAAGAAUAAAUUAGGCAAGAACAAACAGUGGCAGCCUAGUUGCGCCGCCCCAUGUACCCGCGCAAGUCCAUCGGACUCAAGCGUGGCUGGCCAAACUGAUCGAAGAUCGUCGCCUUCAAGCUAGUUGAAUGGCGCGGCCACGCUGGUGAUGGCGGCAGCUGCAUUCGACACGGUGCUGCCAUCCUCUGCUACGGUCUCCUGUGGGGUUGCCGGCGUAACAAAGAACUUGGGUGCCCAGCUCACCGGCGAUGGCGUUGGAAUUGCAUAAAGGCUCGGGCUCGCUUCGCCAAACAGCGGCAGGCGGAACACUGGUGACGAUGCCGUGCGGAUACUCGGACUCAGCGGCACGCUCAGCGGCGCACUCAACGGCCCACCGCCAAUCUUCAGCGGCGGUGGCCGCCGCUUAUUUGUGCACGCCACCUGCGCGCUUUUUCUGCGCUUCCAAUGCCGCUAUCCGCGGAGCGCUGACUGACGGCUGCGACACCACGAUGCUGGGCGGCCGCACUCCCAGCGCUGGCUUCGAGGCCAUUGUUGAAAUCUGUGGCAGCUUUGCUGCCGCUAUUGUUGUGCCCUUAUGCUGCUUCCGGGGCCGCAAGGAAAGGGGCCUAAGUGCACCCGCAUUGUCGCUGUGCGAUCGCUUCUCUGGCGUUGCCGGCUGGCUGUACAAUGGUGCCCACGAGAGUGAGGUGGGUGCGGGCGAGAGAGAGGGGGGCAUGGAAAGAGUUGAAAACAUAUGAAGAUAAGGAGAGAUGGGAUAGGAAUAACUGGGACAGCCAGCUCUAUAUGUGGGUUUCCGAAAUGAUGGAAGAGGAGAGGCAGGAGGAUGUUAUAAAUAAUUUUUUGGGUGCCUGUGCUUGGCUGCAGGAAAUCGAUGACUGGGGAUAGGCGAUGAGUGAAAAUGCAAUCUGCAAUAGAAU